AUGAUCUUGUCGGGUCACGAAACUGCCCCUCAGUCAAAACAGGCUUCCAUCGUGUCUGAUUCUAUGAGCUUGAAGGCUGCGAUCCUAAUAUUAGGGCUCGUAUGGAGCUUCCAGGCAGCGUUAGGGAUUAGAUUCGUGAUAGACAGAGAAGAAUGUUUCUCCCACAAGGCUGAAUAUGAAGGGGAUACGCUUCAUGUCUCUUUCGUCGUCAUCAAGUCUGAUUCUCAAUGGCAUUUUAACGAGGAUGGUGUAGAUCUUGUGAUACACGGGCCAACAGGCGAACAAAUACAUGACUUCAGGGAGCAGAUAAGCGCAAAGCACGACUUUGUUGUCCAGAAGAAAGGGGUUUACCGUUUUUGUUUCACAAACAAGUCUCCUUAUCACGAGACCAUUGACUUCGAUGUACAGCUUGGUCACUUUGCGUACUACGAUCAGCACGCAAAAGACGAGCAUUUCACUCCGUUGAUGGAGCAAAUAUCAAAGUUGGAGGAGGCUCUUUACAACAUCCAGUUUGAACAACAUUGGUUAGAGGCUCAGACCGAUCGUCAAGCUAUCGUGAACGAGAGCAUGAGCAAGAGAGCAGUACACAAAGCUUUGUUCGAGUCGUUCGCAUUGGUCGGGGCAAGCCUCCUCCAAAUUUAUCUUCUGCGUCGCUUGUUUGAACGCAAACUCGGCAUGUCGCGUGUCUAAAAGUAUGAGCUUAUCAUAUGAUUUUGGAGGCUUUUGUUUUUAGCCCCUAAGAACUUAUUUCGCCUAAAUUGUACCAGAGAAUCUUUACUUUAACUCUUUUACAGACACAAUCGUUAGUUCAUCGAAAGAUUUGCGUUUUACCAUGUUCAAGAAUAUCCACUCGUGGCUAUGAUUUAAUCAG